CCACCACUCACCCCUCUUCUUACUUAGGUCUUCGGAACAGCUGAGCCCAUGGAGUCACAGGAGACCCCUGUCAAAGAUGGCAUCCUCUACCAACAGCAGGUCAAGUUUGGCAAGAAGUCCUGGCGGAAGGUGUGGGCCCUGCUGUAUGCAGGAGGCCCGUCUGGCGUGGCACGGCUGGAGAGCUGGGACAUGCGCGAUGGCGGACCAGCGAGUGACAGACCUGCAGGGACUGGGCGGCGCGGGGAACGCAAGGUCAUCCGCCUGGCUGACUGCGUAUCUGUGCUGCCUGCGGACCACGAGAGCUGCCCCCGGGACACUGGUGCCUUCCUGCUCACCACCACGGAGCGAAGCCACCUGCUGGCUGCCCAGCACCGCCAGUCAUGGAUGGGGCCCAUUUGCCAGCUGGCCUUCCCAGGCACAGGAGGGUGUUCAUCCAGGCCAGCAGAGGCUCAGUCUCCCCCGCAGGGCAUUGUUCCCAUGGAAGACAACGCCAUCUACUCUUCCUGGCAGGAAGGGGGUGAGUUUCCAGUAGUUGUACAAAGGAAUGAGAGUGCUGUGCGCUGCCAGCUGAAGGGGCCCUACCUCCUGGUGCUGGGCCCUGAUGCCAUCCAGCUGAGAGACACAUCCAGCUCCCAGGCCCUCUACACCUGGCCCUACCACUUCUUACGAAAGUUUGGCUCUGACAAGGAUGUGUUCUCCUUCGAGGCUGGCCGGCGCUGUGUGUCAGGCGAGGGCCUCUUUGCCUUCUGCAGCCCACAAGCCCCUGACAUGUGUGGAACUGUGGCCGCUGCCAUCGCCCGCCAGCAGGCACGGCUGCAAGUGCUGGCAAUGCCCUGUCAGCCCUGUCCUCUGGCUCGGGCCCUCUCCCUGCCCUCCCUGGACCCCCCUGGAGAGCUUCGGGACAUACCACUGGGUGGGCCCCAACAACCCACCUCCAGGAGGGCACCUAUGGCUGAACCUGGGCCCCAGAGCCUGCCGCUCCUGCUGGGCCCCACACUUGAAGAGCCAGCCUCCUGCCUCUAUGCCUCGGUGUCUAAGCGGAGCAGUGGGCCUCCAGCCUCUGCUGAGCACCUCUAUGAGAACCUGGGCAGCCCGGGGUUGCCUCUGGGGGCUCCCAAGCCUCAAGAAGGCUCUCCUGCUAGCCACAGCCCCUUGGCCAGCCCCAUCUAUCAUAAUAGUGAAGAUCUAAGCUGGCCUGGCCCAGCCCAGGACAGCAGCCUGGAGGCGCAGUACCGGCGGCUGCUAGAACUGGAGCUGGAUGAGGCCGAGAGUGGGGGCCGUCCUGAGACUCAGGUGGGUUUCAGGGCCAAGCUGGUGACCCUGCUGAGCCGGGAACGGAAGAAAGGCCCUGUCCCCUGUGAUCGGCCCUGAAAGCAAGGCCCGUCACGUGACAGACAACAGGACCACUGCAGGGCUGUCCCCCUGGGUGAACAUCUGCCGGGCAGGCAGCCCAGGAGUGGGGGAGGAGGGGGGAGGGACCUGUAUUCUCGCCUUCCUCGCCAG